GUGCAUGCAUGCCUGUGACGCAUGUACUAGGAAUAGUAAAUUUAUCCCAUCACCCAAUCACUAGCAUGCAAGGAAACCCACCCUCAAAGAUAAAACCACCACCAAUCUCCUUUCAAACACCUUCAUUUCUCUGCAAACCCUUCACUUCAUAACUCCCUUUUUCUUCUCCCGAACCAAGUUCAUAUUUUUCACUCCAUGGAUGCUACCACAAGCUCUGAACUUCCCCCUGGCUUUAGGUUUCACCCAACGGACGAGGAACUAAUCGUGUAUUACCUCUGCAACCAAGCCACAUCAAAGCCCUGCCCUGCUUCUAUCAUCCCAGAAGUCGAUCUCUACAAGUUUGAUCCAUGGGAAUUGCCAGAUAAAACAGAGUUUGGAGAAAAUGAAUGGUAUUUCUUUAGUCCACGAGACAGAAAGUACCCAAACGGUGUGAGGCCGAACAGAGCAACAGUGUCUGGGUAUUGGAAGGCCACUGGCACAGACAAGGCAAUCUAUAGUGGAUCUAAGCUUGUGGGGGUGAAGAAAUCCUUAGUAUUUUAUAAGGGUAGGCCACCAAAGGGUGACAAGACUGAUUGGAUUAUGCAUGAAUACCGAUUGGCGGAAUCAAAACAAUCGGUUAACAGGAAAAUUGGGUCCAUGAGGCUGGAUGACUGGGUCCUGUGCAGGAUUUAUAAGAAGAAGAACAUCGGAAAAACAGAGCACAAGGAGACGCACCCAAAAGUUCAAAUGACUGAUCUUAUAGCUGAAAACAAUGAUGAGCAGAAAAUGAUGAUGAACCUUCCCAGGACUUGGUCCCUCACUUACCUUUUGGAUAUGAAUUACUUGGGUCCAAUUUUAUCUGAUGGCCCCUAUUGCUCAACCUUUGAUUUUCAAAUGAGCAAUGCCAAUAUUGGAAUUGACCCCUUAGUAAAAUCUCAACCGGUUGAAAUGGCGAACAAUUAUGUAGCAGACUCAGGGAAAUACUGAGUGAAACAGAGUAGCAACAUUGACCACAAGUAUGUGUGAAGCAGAUGAAAGAUCUAGUAGGAUAGGAAAAAACAAAAACAGAGUUAGAUUGUUGUCUAGUCAUGACGAUAAGCUUCGUCCAUAAAAUAAUCAUGAAGACUCUAUGUGCCAAGUAUGGCAAAUAUGUUAUGUCAAAAAAUGUAUUUUCAAUGUGUUAUUGACACUUAUUGUAUAGAAGGAGAAGUUAGACGCCUCUUAAUUAAGGUUGAUACAUGAUUAGUUA